AUGAAUGGAAUUAGUGUUAACGCCGAAAAACAUGGACCGGAAGAAGGAAAGGAGAAGUCUAAAGCGUCGAGUGUUAAGGAUAAACUACUGUCUAUACGAUCCAACAUAACAGUAGAACCAAUAAUAGCAUGUUAUAUAAUGUCCAAUGUGUUUUCGGGGCUUGCUGUACAAAAUUUGAAUUUAGAAAAGGCCUGUCGAGUGAAUCUGGGUUACAGUGAUGAAGUGUGCUCAGCAUUAAACAGACGACAGACAGAGAACUAUACAACUGAAGAAUCGGAGGUGCAGAAGUUGACAGCAUCAGUUCAAGCGUGGAAGAACAUCGUGCAGACAGCGUUUCCUUGCAUUUUAGUACUUUUCGUAGGUUCAUGGAGCGAUAAGACUGGGAAACGGAAAGCGUGUAUUCUUCUACCCAUCGUUGGAGAGGUUCUAUGCUGCACGUGCUUUAUAUUGAAUACUUACUUCUUCUACGAGCUGCCUUUGGAAAUAACGGCUCUUUCAGAUCUGUUUCCAUCGUUGACUGGUGGUUGGAUAACCGUCUGCGUCGGUGUGUUCAGUUACAUCGGUGAUGUGACCACGAAAGAGAUGAGGACCUUUAGAGUAGGAGUGGCAAAUUUAUGCAUGUCCCUUGGAAUACCAAUUGGCAUGUCACUUAGUGGUAUUCUAUUGCAAAAAAUCGGAUAUUACGGCAUAUUUAUGAUAUCCAAUGUGUUGUAUGUGACAAGUUUUAUUUAUGGAUACGUCCGAUUAAAGGAUCCUGAUUUUUCUCACGAACGACAGCGAAUACAGCCUGUGGGUUGUCGGGGAUGGAUAUGUUCAUUCUUCGAUGUUGGUCACGUACGGGAGACCCUCACAGUUGCCUUCAGAAGUGGACCUGGUCGCAGAAGGCUUCGUGUAUCCUUGCUCAUCGUUGUGGUGUGCGUUAUAUUCGGACCUCUCCAUGGUGAAAUGAACGUGCUUUAUCUGUUCAUGAGAUACAGAUUCAACUGGGACGAGGUGCAAUUCAGCAUGUUCUGCACGUAUAGUAUCAUUACUAAUUUAGUUGGAACUCUAUUCUCUAUCAGCAUCUUCAGCGAUUUCAUGAAGUUGGAUGACUCUGUGGUGGGCAUCAUUUCUUGUACCAGCAAAAUCCUCGCAUCUUUUAUCUUCGCUUUUGCAACCACUACCACCGAAAUUUAUAUUGCGCCGUUAGUGGAAAUAUUCAACGGUACAUCGUUUAUAGCUAUGAGAUCCAUUGCAUCAAAACUUGUGACAAGCGAAGAGUUGGGUAAGGUGAAUUCUUUAUUCGGGCUCGCAGAAGCCAUGAUGCCUCUGGUGUAUGGUCCACUGUACUCCCGAGUCUAUAUGGCAACGCUGACCGUUCUUCCGGGGGCUGUGUUUCUCCUUGGAGCUGCUAUGACUGUGCCCGCUGUCGCUAUAUUUGGAUGGAUGUACUUCGAACAACGCAAGGACGGCAAACAGGUUGAAGAGGUCGAAAAUGUUAGCAAAGAUGCUUAA